AAUUAUUCAAUAACAAAUCAGAAAACAAAGAAGAGAACAACACAACGACAACGACGACAACAACAACAACAACGAUUUCUAUCAGAACCCAACGAUGUUCAGAAUAAAUAAAUCGGUGACUUUCACAUGUAUUGCACUGCUCAUUUGUCUUAUUUUACUAGUAAACAGUACACUGAGUAUGCGCACAAACAAUGAAAUAAUGGAACUACCUGACAGUUAUUCACCAGAAUAUGAACGUUUAUGGUCAAGUCGACCAAGAUUCUUAUAUCCCAGUGCAUAUUUACGACCAUACAGAGCACCGUUUUAUCAAGAUACUAUUGAGAAAAAAAAUCGUAAAAUUGAUCAAUCAUUUUAUUCUUAUUAUGGUUAAAGAUUUUAUAUUUGAUCAAAUGUGUACGAUGGGUUAUAAUCAUCAAAUUACUUGAAAUAUUAAAAAAAAUAAUGGAUUGUCGACAUUUCAAACUUGUUUAUAUUUUCCAUGGAAAUAUAAAAUUUCAUCAAUAAUCACAAUAAAAAAAUUUUAUUGUCCUAAAAAAUAAAAAAAA